AUGCCAGUGCGCAGGACCCCCGGACGGUUGCCCCGAAUACCAUUCAGCCCCACACAACUACGAACCCUGGAGAGGGCAUUUGCGGAGGCGCCGUACCUUUCCAGUCACCAGGCAGGAGCACUAGCGAGGACACUUCAACUCACAGACACUCGGGUUAAAAUUUGGUUUCAAAACAGAAGAGCUCGAGCCCGUAGAGAACCCAAAAACAAUACAGUGAGCAGCACUACUUCUCUCGCAGAACAUGGAUCAACCUCUUUUAAUUAUCCACAAGCUUCUAUCAUCAAUUUUCCUUCAGGACGAAGUGAAAAAUUCAAGAAAACCUUUCAUAGUGAUUCAUAA